AGUAUGAAAUCCACCAAUCAGAUGUCUGUAGUCUUGUGUGGCUCAGCCAAUAGGACCACAGUGUGAUAUCAGAAAGCAACAGUCGCUCUUCACCAACAUUCUCUUCCAGCAUUCACAAACAGAAAGCAGCGAGUGGAGAUCAUGAUGUCCAGCCCCAACUAUUCUGCUAUAGGAACACACAAUGACACCACUACUGUUCCUCUGAUCUUGACACCAGUCACCAAAGAGACACCAGGCACAAAAAUGAUACCAGUCACCACAGAGACACCACGCACCGAAGUGACACCAGUCACCACAGAGACACCAGGCACCGAAGUGACACCAGUCACCACAGAGACACCAGUCACCACGGAGACACCACGCACCGAAGUGAUACCAGUCACCACAGAGAUACCACGCACCGAAGUGAUACCAGUCACCACAGAGAUACCACGCACCGAAGUGAUACGAGUCACCACAGAGAUACCACGCACCGAAGUGAUACCAGUCACCACAGAGACACCAGUCACCACAGAGACACCACGCACCGAAGUGAUACCAGUCACCACAGAGACACCACGCACCGAAGUGAUACCAGUCACCACAGAGACACCAGUCACCACAGAGACACCACGCACCGAAGUGAUACGAGUCACCACAGAGACACCACGCACCGAAGUGAUACCAGUCACCACAGAGAUACCACGCACCGAAGUGAUACCAGUCACCACAGAGACACCAGUCACCACAGAGACACCACGCACCGAAGUGAUACCAGUCACCACAGAGACACCACGCACUGAAGUGAUACCAGUCACUGGUAUCACCAGUCAAUUUGGUGAUUUUUUACACUCAGGAACACAAGGCAGGCCAUUCACUGAUCUGAGAGCAGAAAUGAACCCCUUUGUCACAGCUCAGAUGGGUUCCUCUGCCACUCAUGAUGAGUUAGCUGGAUCGUGUGUGUUUGUGGGUUUGUCGUUCCUGAUUGUACUAGCUAUCCUUUUCUUCAUGUUCCGACACAUGUUUGGCAAGAGAGGAAAAUAUUACACACAUGAGCCAAAAGAAACAGAAGCUCCAAAACCUGAACUGUUUGACUCCUCAGAUGAAGACACUGAUCCUGGAUUCGACUCUGCUGCUUGAGCCAAGAUCCUCUAUCUAUCUGUGACCAUCAUCACAACUUCUUCACAACGUCUCCUGCAUGAUGACGGACGUUUAUCACAUUCCUGUGUCCUUUCUGUCUAACAUCAUCUUUUUAAAGACCAUGACAUUAUUAUUAUUUUUUUUUAAUCCAUCAGGUUUUUUUUCUCUUCAUUUCUUUGCUCUACGUCAUGAAUUUGAGUCCUGAGAACAUCAGAGUCUCUGGCUUUAGCGUUUAGUUUGAAAUCUGGAAUUAUAAAUGUUUUGUACUUAAAGUUUGUUAAAGUUUUGACUUGAUAAAAACUUUACGUUUUAAAUUAAGCCAAUUUUUUUUUUCAUUUCAUCAAAUCGUCUUUAUUUCAUCCGUGUCUCCGUGUCUCUGCCUUUAACAGCUCCUUCAUCCUGACCGUGUCCAAUCUGCACACAUCAAAUAUCAGCGGGACAGAAAAUGUUCCUUUCGCUCGUGCCGAUGUUUUAUUAAUCUUCUGAUAUCUUAAAAAUAAAAGGAGGCUGGGCUUUUCAAGGCGUCGUCUCACACGUAAAAAGAGGAGAAAAAGAUAAAACAAUGCUAUAAAUUAUGACUUUGACUGCAGCCUGUGGAUAAGAUGAAAGAUUAAACUGAUUAAACUCUUUAUUUAUUUAUUUA